AUGCUGCGGCCACAGUCACCGCCUAGUCCAACUCAUCCUGCUCCCAAUGAAGAAAUCAAGCCAAAUAGUCUACCGACAACCCAACUACAAAAUGAGGACCUUGAUUUGAAUCCAGAAUUGUAUGACGAUAACGAUGAUGAUGAUGAUGAUGAUGAUAUGACCAUAGAACAAACUCCAACUACAAAUGAACAAUUACCAAUUACUAAUAAUCCACAACAAGAGGAAACCAACUAUAAUAGUUUAAUGGCUGACUUAUCUGAUCUGCAUGUAUUUUAUAAUGUUGAUUUACAAAAUAUCAGACAAAUUACUCUUCCAUUUGAUGAAGAAUACCAACUACUUAAAUCCAAUGUCAAUACAACCACCACCACCACUACUCAUAAUAGAUUAUCCUCACAACAACAAUCGAAAUUCAUUAGUUAUAUCGAUGACCAAUUACUACAAAUUCAACGUAAAUUCAUCAAACAACAAUCAACAGAAGAUUCAAUCUAUCCUUUUACUUUGUUAAUUAAAGAUUUAGAUUCUGUAUUUGAUAUUUUAUGGGUAUCCAUAACUCAAAAUAGCCCACCUAGUUUUGGACAAGAGGAGUACUAUAUAAAAAUAUUGGGUGAUUUAGAAGAUUAUGUUGCUCAUUAUACACCAAUAUUUGAUACCAAAUGGCGAAUCAACUCCCAUAACCAACGAGUAUUGUACGUUGUUGAUUUUAAUCAAAUUGUUACUAUUUGUAAAUUUUUACUGAAGGUGGAUUUACAAUUGAGUUUUUUGAAAACUGAUUUCGCGGUGUUUAAUCUGACUCAAUUGGUUCGAUUGAAGAUGAUUAUUGAACGAUUGAGGUUGCAGAUUAUGCCGAGUUUUGAAAUAGUGGCACAAGUGCCUAAAUAUAGAGACGUGUUGGAAGUGGAAGCUAGUAGGAUAUUUGAAGGAAUAUUGGAAAGAUUAAAUGAGUAA